AUGGCGCCGUUCAAAGAUGAACACAUCGCGCUCAUCGCGCCCGGUUCUGAAUUGACCCUCGCGCAACUCGGCCUGCCGGAGCCAUACAGCCCCGCAAAGGUUCGCAUCGCGACGCGCAUGUUCCCAGCUGAGAAAGCUGGCGAGUACGAACCUCAUCGGAUUCGGAAGAUCACCAAGAGUUCUACCUCUAACACCACUCCUACCACCAUUCCCGGCGCAUCUGGACAGCCCCUCAAGGAGGAUGUCGUAAUGAAGGAUGCAGGAGCUUCGGCUCCUCGCGAGGGAACCGCCGAGGGCGCUGAAAAGGCCGAGACUGAGCCUGCCCAAGAGGUCCUUUACGAGGAAGACGUGAUGUCCGACGAGGGCGCCGUCUAUCCCAUUCGAGACGGCCGCAUCGUGAACCGAAACGCGUUCUUCGCCCUCCUCCAGCACGUUUACAACCUGCUCAGCCCUCCUCUCCACACCCCCAUUCUCAUGGUGGCCGAGCCCGGCUGGACCCAGACUGACCGGGAGGAGAUCACCCGCUUCGUCUUCGAGAACUUCAGCAUCCCGGGGUUUGCAUAUGUGGAUGCCGCCUUUGCUACCUCUUGGGGCUUCGGGGUUCUCAAUGGGCUUGUCAUCGACGUUGGCAAGACCAAGACCGAUGUCACCGCGAUCGUCGGCUCCGUUCCCCAAAAGAUCGGUCGAGGUAUCGCGCUCUCCGGAUGUGGCGGUGAUGCCAUGACUGAUCGCCUUCUCGAGCUUCUCGGACCGAAGGGGUUCACCCGCGAGAUGUGCGAGCAGCUCAAGCGGAGUGAUAUUGCUGAGAUCCUCCCACCUGGAACUCCCCUUCCCGGCGCUGCGGCCACCGCUCACCAGAGCAACACCCGUCCUGGUGAGCCAGCUGGCCCUAACUUUGCCUCCACCGAGGGUACCUCCGAGGGCAAUGGAGGAGACGAGGGCGUUCUGGAUGUCGCGGCUAUCGUCAGCGGUGACACGUCCGAGUACCUCGCGAACAUGGAGAAGGACAAAUCGACCGGCAAGAAGGUCGAUCCCAAGCAGCCCAACGCUCAGAAAGAGCGGGCUUCGUUCCAGUUCGAAGAGUUCGUCGAGAUGGAGAACGAUGCCCAAGCUGGUGGCUCCAAGCGCUACAAGCGCAACGUCCGGGAGAUCACUGUUGGCGUGGAGCGUUUCCUCGCAGCAACGCCGCGUCAGAAUGCCGGCCCUCUCCUGAGCAAUGGAAUUCUGGAUGAUAUUGCCUCCCAGGUUCAGUACGCGAUCAACUCCUGCCCCAACGACAAGCGUAACGAGCUUUGGAGCAACCUCAUGAUCGUGGGAGCCGGCAGUCGAGUCCGUGGUUUCAAUCAGGCUCUUCUCGGAGUGAUCACGCAGAAGUUCAUGAACUCUCCCUCUGCCUCCAUUUUCACCUCGGAGAUUCCAUCCACCUUCUCCACACCUAUCCCCACCGGCGGAACCAACACGCCCGCCCAGAUGGGCCAAGGCCAACCCGGCCCGCAGCACCAUCCUGCUGCCCAUGGCGUGAAUCCCCUUCUGGUCGCCGCCACGCACAACAACCCCGGGAUGCCCACUGUUCCCGGUACCCCUGGCAUGGACCAGGGCUCGCAGCACCGAGCUGGUCACUUCCAGGGGCCCACCGUUAUCAAGGCGACGAAGUUUCCCGAGUACAACUCGGACUUCAAAGGUCGCCCGAACAGCAACACUCCCGGUGCCAGCUCCGGCCCCGGCAGUACCUCUCGGGGCGGACACGGCUCCGAGGAAGCAGCCUUCCUGGGUGCACAGGUCUGUGCUAAGGUCUUCUUCGGGAUCGACCAAGGCCAGACCAAGUCCUUCAUGUCCCGAUCGGAGUACAACGACUUCGGCCCGGAGGGCAUGACCGACUUCUGCUUCGUUUGA